UUUAAAGGCCUCUUCGUUAAGAUUUUUACCUUAACCGACGUCUGGUCUCACAUAAAGGAAACGUGAUUUUUUAAUUAAUAUUUUGGAAGUAAUUUAGCGGAUUUUGCCAGUUAAAAUGGAAAUGCUGCAAGGAGCAUCGCUGCUGUCACGGCCAGCAGACGAAUUCGGGAACGACUCUCUGGUGGAGGAAAUGUGGGCAUCAAAAGCUCUGGAACAUGCCGAGGUGCAUUUUAAUCUGAUCACCAGCGUUCAUCCCUCCCAGCUAAAACUCACGCCCUAUGACGACCAGAUAUAUGCCACCUUUCGGCAAGAUUUCCCCGAUCUCCAGGUGGGCCGGCUUACCGACGACAUCCUCAAGUCCGCUGUGGAGAAACUCAAAUGGCGCCACUUUGCCGAGAAGUUUAACAAGAUGGACGAUUAUUCUUACGGCACCCUUAUGCGCGCCGAUGCCAGCAAGGAAUUCUCCCCGGACAACUCCAUCUUUGUGUUCCGCGUCCAGUUUCUGGCUAUUGAAAUUGCUCGGAAUCGGGAGGGUCUCAACGAUGAGGUUUACGAGAAGCAUAAGCCAGCCAGAAAGAUCCCGGAGGAGACCCAGUAGCUUAUUGCUCCGCCUUAGCUUAGAUUAAGUCCUACAGAUUAUUUGCAUUUUUAGAUGGUGUCCGUCUAGCUACUAUUAUAAGCAAUAAAUAUAUAUUUUUAAAAAAAUGGAUUAUAAAAAUAUUAACAAUAAAUUAAAAAAUGUUGGUCCUAUUUACUAACAA